AGAUCUAUCUAUCUUAUCUGCAUAGUUUCUCAAGUGACAAACAAAGACAUAGUUUGUUGAGAAACAAUGGCAGCUAUUUGAUGCUUAAAGGAGUUAGAAUGGGCGUGACAAUGAAGAAUCUUAUUGUUUUAUAAAUUAAACAGUCUUCUACAGUUAUGAAUACAGCUAAGAGAUCUCAACGUUUAUACUGACGGACAGAAAUUUGGCUGCCCGGUGCGUUUCGUCACUACGAUGGCCGUAGGGCGCAAGCUAAAGUUGUUUAUCAUUUAGGUACCGUUCUAUAAAUAAGGAAUAUAGUGAAUAAAAUUGGAAACCGGUGGUAACAUAAGUUUGAAAGCAAUGAUUUUAUUGUUGAUUUUUUUGUUGUUGAUUUUGAACUUGAUUUGGAAACACAAAAGCGGAAUAAUAAUUACAAUAGUUCCACAUCGCUUUGUAAAAUGCCUAGCAACGGAGUAGGCCUGGCCCCUUCCGGCUGGUGGAAGUCUAGUAACUUUUCUUACAGCACACAUUCGUCAUCAUGGUGCUUAUCACCGAAGAGCUGGUCCGCAAGAAAUCAGAGCACAACGAAUGUCUCAUCAGCACGCUGGAGGAGAUCUCCCUGCACCAGGAGGACAUCGAGGUCAUUGAGCACAUCCAGAACUGGUGUCGCGACCUCAAGAUCCUGCUCCUCCAAUCCAAUCUGAUUGCGCGCCUGGAGAACUUGCACAAACUGAAGCGCUUGGAGUACCUCAAUGUGGCCAUCAACAACAUUGAGCGGGUGGAGAAUCUGGAGGGCUGUGAGUCGCUCAAUAAGCUGGAUCUUACAUUAAACUUUAUAGGAGAGCUAACCAGUGUGGAGUCGCUAUGUGGCAACCACAAUCUCCACGAGCUGGUACUCAUUGGCAAUCCAUGCGUGGAUUAUCCGCACUACAGGGACUACGUGGUGGCCACCCUGCCGCAACUGAACAGCUUGGAUUGCGUGGAGAUCACGCCCUCGGAACGUCUUCAAGCAUUGCGGCAAUUGACCAAGAACCGGCCCAUCAUCGUUCAAAAGCAGGCGGAUCACACCAUAGAGCGCGAUGAGCAGCGUAUCCGGGUGGCGGAGCAGCAGUCCGCCCUGGCUAAACGUUGUGCCGGCAUAGAGGACGAAGAAGAGCGCCUUAAGGCCUUCUGGCAGGCGAAGAGUGAGCACUGCCCGGAGAUUCGCACCGAGAUUGCCCGGCAACACAGAUUGGGCCGGGAGCGGCACGAAACCAAGUCCCCGCUGGAUGCUCCGAAGCAGCAGCGCAACCUCUUCGCUCCUUGCGGCAGACCCUACAAUCUAAACCAGGGCAAGCUGCCCUUUACCUUCCAGGACGAGGCCGAUCACUACUUGCUCCAACUGGAGGUGUACAGACACCUGGACACCUCUCUAAUUGACGUCGAUGUUCAGACGCUAUACACUAGAGUCACCGUCAAGAAAAAGAUCUUCCAGAUCGCGUACAUCGAGGAGGUCAAACCGGAUGAGUCCACGGUGCAGCGUUCCCAGAUCACAGGUCACCUAAUGGUCAGGCUGAAGAAACUGAAAGUCAACGAGCUGCUGCUAGUGAAGAAAAGCCCGGCAAAAAGUUCCGCCCCUUCUGAUGCUGGAAAAAGUAAUGGGAAACCGGAGGAAGCAUUUCGGGCAGUGGUGGACAUCAGUAACAUUUGUGCUCCCGAAGAUCUGCCCGAUUUAAUUUGAGACCGAGUUCAUUAUUUAAAAAUGGUUUAUUUAAAUAUUU